AUCGAUAUCGCCAGACUUCCACAACUAAUUGCGAAAUCAAACAGCGGUGCUUGAACUUAGUAGAUAUUCCUAAAAACUCAGUGAUAAUGGAACAAUUUAAAGGACUGCAGAAAACUUUAUACAUAUGGACUGACAGCACCGAUCUGGACAAGCGUGUGGAGAAAGUGAAAUCAUCCACAGGUGGCGAAGUGGCCCUGGAAAAUGUCCACCGUCUGUCGUUCUCCUCCUACGCCAACUCCAGUUUCGACUUAAUUGUGAUCGAGUGUGCCCAGUUGACUGAUAAUUACGUAAAGCUGCUGCACAUGCUGAAGCCGAGCGGAAAACUUCACCUGGUGGCCUUCAUCGGACCGGCAUCCAGCCUGUUGCAGGAAGUCAAGCUGUCAGGGUUCAUAAAUUGUCGCGAGGAUGCGGAUGAUGCUUUGACUGCCGAGAAACCAGGCUACGAAACCGGCUCAUCCGCUCGUCUGUCAUUUGCCAAGAAGGAUGCCAGUGCCCUGAAUGUCUGGAAAAUUAGCGGUGACGAUGAGGAGCUAAUCGAUGAAGAGGAUCUACUGGACGAGGAAGAUAAGCAGAAGCCGGAUCCGGCCGGUCUUCGUGUCUGCAGCACCACAGGGAAGCGCAAGGCAUGCAAAAACUGCUCAUGUGGUCUGGCAGAGGAGCUGGAGAGCGAGAAGCAGACCAAGACUGCUACUGAGAACGCAAAGUCGAGCUGCGGCAAUUGCUACUUGGGUGACGCCUUCCGCUGCUCCACCUGCCCCUAUUUGGGCAUGCCUGCUUUUAAGCCUGGAGAGAAGGUUCAACUGGCCGAUAACCUGUUGAAAUCUGACAUCUGA